AUGUGGAGCAAGCGAAUUACACAAAGGGAUGCAUGGGUGGAAAUCGAUUUACUCGAAAGUGUUCGACUUUCUUGCAUCAAUUAUGUGAACGAAAAACUACAGCAAAUCUUCAUCGAAUUGACGCUGAAAGCUGAGCAAGAAGAAUAUGUAAAGGAAGGCAUAAAAUGGACGGAAAUCGAGUAUUUUAAUAAUAAAAUCGUUUGCGAGCUGAUCGAGGAAAAGCGACCGCCAGGUAUCAUGUCAUUAUUGGAUGAUACGUGUGCACAGAAUCAUGGCACUUCGGAAGGAGUUGAUACGCAGUUGUUGUCGACUCUCUCGAAAUCCGUUGCUCAUCACCCGCAUUUUGCCACCGGCGCUGACUCGUUCGUCAUUCGACAUUAUGCGGGAAAUGUCACCUACAGUAUUGAUGGUUUCUGCGAUCGAAAUCGUGACGUUCUCUACUCGGAUUUGAUUCAACUAAUGCAACAAAGCAAUAAUCAAUUCGCUAGAAAUCUUUUCCCGGAUCAGAUCCAACAGGGGAAACGCCCGACGACCGUUUCCAUAAAGAUUCGAACCCAAGCCAAUGAGUUAGUCUCAUCGUUGAUGAAAUGCACACCGCAUUACGUUCGCUGUAUAAAACCGAAUGAGACAAAGAAAGCCGGCGAUUGGGAAGAAGAAAGAGUCCAUCACCAGGUCGUUUAUUUGGGACUAAAGGAGAAUAUUCGAGUGCGACGAGCUGGAUACGCAUAUCGACGACCGUUCGAGAAAUUUCUGUGGAGAUAUGCCAUUUUAACCGAACAGACAUGGCCCACAUAUCGCGGAGAUCCAAAACAGGGAUGCGAGAUCAUUUGUCGCAGUGUGAAGCUCGAUCCAGAUCAAUUUCAAAUGGGACGCUCGAAAGUUUUCAUCAAAAAUCCGGAAUCGCUAUUCUUGCUGGAGGAGGUACGCGAGAGGAAAUACGAUGGUUUCGCAAGGAAAAUCCAGAAAGCGUGGAGAAGACACAAUGCUAGGAGACAUCAUGUCAAGAUGAAGGAGCAAGCCAGCGAUUUAUUGUACGGGAAAAAGGAGCGUCGUCGUUUCUCAUUGAAUCGAAAUUUCGUUGGGGAUUACAUUGGAAUCGAACAUCAUCCAGCUCUACAAGUUCUUGUCGGGAAACGCGAACGGAUCGAUUUCGCCACAACGUGCAACAAAUACGAUCGACGUUUUAAGAUAUCAAAAUUGGACAUGAUCAUCACAGCAAAACAUCUGAAUUUGAUUGGACGUGAAAAAGUGGCAAAAGGACCGCAAAAGGGGCAACUGGUCGAGGUGUUGAAGAGACAAAUCCCCCUCGAUCGAAUCCAGUCAAUCGGCCUUUCUCCAUAUCAAGACGAUUUUGUGAUCCUUUACGUGAGAGAAGAUUACACGUCACUCCUCGAAACGCCAUUUAAAACCGAAUUCUUGACAACGUUGAGCAAAAAGUACAAAGAGAAAACGAACGGCGGAACGCUGGCGCUAGAGUUCAAGACGGCGCACACGAUAACGCUGAAGAAAACCCGUUUUGGUGGCGGACAUCGAAUCGUGAAUUUCUCGUGUAAUCCAAAUGGAUCAGCGAAAGCGCUCUUGACACAUAAUGGGAAAACGUUGACGGUGAUGGUUGGACCGGGAGAGCCAAAUACGACAAGACCCCGAACGACGCGUCCUGAAGGCGGAUACCAGCGUCAGACGCAGGGUAGACGAUCGACGAAGAAAGCGCCCAGUCGACCGGCGCAGCCACAAAUGGGAAUGGCGGCUGGGUAUCAGAAUAACCCACCAAGCUCGCUGGGCGUCAAUGAGUACGAGGUGGAGCCGAGAAGAAGCGGAUACUCCACCGCUCCAGCAGCGCCAGCUCAUGGCGGGCACAAGAAUGCCAAUGGAUCUGGAGUCACUGGGCCAUCGAUUGGUGGAAUUGCAACUCCAUUGGCUGGGCUCAACAUUGGACAGCAACAAUUGCAGCCGACAAAUGCGGUUCGCCCUGCGCCUCGUCCAAACAAACCUCGUCCCCCAGUAAAGCCAAAACUUCUCCCAACAGUCACCGCUCUUUACGCAUAUGAUGCACAGGAUACAGAUGAGCUGAGCUUCGAAAUUGGACAAGAGAUUGAACUCGUGCAGAAGCACGAUUCUGGCUGGUGGCAAGGGAAAGUCGGGACACAAGUCGGGCUAUUUCCGAGCAAUUACGUCAAGGAA